UAAGACUUAUUGACGUUACACAAUUCUUGAUCUCCUGCGUAUGUCAUGAGACGCACCCGCGCAUACCUCUGUGACACGGCAGGGGAAAUACCAAGAUAUUAACGCAAUGACAUAUUGAAAUACCAUUUGCCGCGCCUUGCCAAAUCGGUACAUAUAAGAAGAUAAGCGUUGCAAGGAAAACAUCACAACAGACCAGCAAGUCGCAACGUGAGCAUCACUUGCGCAAAGGAUUUUGGAAUUGUUAUUACGAAGAACAGAGGACUAUUGUAAGUUCUACAGCAAAAAUGAAGGGGAUUAUUUUGUUUGUUGCUGUUUUCUGCUGUAUCCAAGGCAACACAUUUGCAGCAUUAAAAAGCGGAAAGAAUGGAGCAUGCACCCAGGAACCGAGGGAUAUUUUUCUCGUGGUGGACGGAUCAGCAAGCAUCGGCAUCUCACAGUUCGAAAGCGUGAGGCAGUUCAUUCUCCAACUGAUCAAAGCUGUUCAAGUGCACGAGGAUUAUACUCAUUUCGGCCUUUUGCAAUUCAGCUCAGACGAUAAGACAAAGGUUGAGUUUGAACUCGACUAUUCUCAUAAAUCAAACGUGUUGUUAGACAAAGUGCGCAGUCUGAAGUACCAAAGUGGUACUGCAACAAAAACUGGCUCCGCUUUAGAUAUUGUGGAGAGAGAGGUUUUCACCCCUGAAGCCGAUGAUCGUCCCAAUGUCCCAGAUUACCUCAUAAUAUUCACUGACGGUCAGGCCACAGACAGAAGACGAGCUUACAGGGUUUCAGAGAAGCUGAAGCGGAAAGGAGUAAAAAUUGUAGCUAUUGGUGCUGGUAGGGAUAAGUUUAAUUUCUUGAAACAACUGGAAGAGAUCGCAAGUAGCCCUUCUGACGUGUGGAUGGCCGAUUUUGAUAACCUGAACGAAAUUGUUGGUGUCAUUGUAAAGGAUGUUGUGAACGAAAUUUGCCCUGAACCUCCCCCGGACUAUAUUCAGUCUGUCAGUAACUGUUAG